UCCUGCUCCCCGACGCGCUUCCAGAGAAUAAAGCGAUUCACGUAGCAAGGUAGGACGGGCCAGAGUCGAGUCGAAUGUUCCGUUGAACCGAAAAACAAAGAGCAGAGUUCAAGUGCUUCUGUACAGUUCCUCGUCCUUAUGUCAGCUUUUAAUCUUGACCGGAAGGAGGUGGCCUUGAUUGAACGAAGAAAUACGGGAAAGGUGAUAGGAAGAAAGUAGCGUUUAAUUGCCGUCUACCUGUCGAGUAAGAAGAAAAAGAAAGAGAGCUAGCUACUUUGCAAAUAGAACUUUGCACGCGCAUACCCGCUUAGCAGCCAAUUUCUGGCCAACCCUUAAUGAGAAACGUCGAUCUGCAAGUUGUGAUUACUUCCCCCGCAAGGUUCGAUAAAUAGACUACGGACACACCUGUCGCGAGAAAUACGAUAACGAUAAAGGUUUAGCAACAUCAGCAAGCCACGCAACUUACUGGACAAAAUAUUCGGUGAAGAUUAUUGAAUUAUUUUUCUUUUUUUGAGAGAUGACAGAGAAAAAACCCGCUGAAUUCGGGAGCGCCGGAGCGCACAGGGGAACCACGAGGCUGCUGGGAAUUAGCCGCCGCGGAGCAAGAGGAAGUCCCAGGAUGGUGGUCCUGACCCCGUGUCGGCUUGCCACCAUCUUCCUGACCGUGCUGCUGCUGGGGGGGAUUGGGGUCGCUGUGUGGGCUGUCGUGACGUAUCUGAUCAAGGCCGAAGACACGGGUCUGUAUGAGGUCCAGGUGAACUCUGCCAACCUGCGCCUCACCGUGUUUGACUCCGCCCACGGCAGGUGGAGGUACGUCUGCUCCUCCAGCUCCAACCAGGUCAUGGCCAGUAUCAGCUGUGAGGAGAUGGGCUUUGUCAGGGCGCUGAACUACUCUGUGUCCACCAUCCCGGACGGCAGCAAAGACUCGGAGGACUUCUUCUGCGUGGACGCCAAGGAGCUCAUUCACGGGAAGAAGAUUAAGGAGUUCCUCUCACCGUGCAACUGCGCUAGUGGAGACGUCCUGACGGUGAUCUGUCAAGACUGUGGGCGUCGCAGCCUGACGGAGGACAGGAUCGUGGGGGGGGAGGAGUCUAAGCUGGGCCGCUGGCCCUGGCAGGUCAGCCUGCAGUACGACGGGGCUCACCAGUGUGGGGGCUCCAUCAUCUCGGACCGCUGGAUCGUCAGCGCAGCUCACUGCUUCCCUGAGCGGUACCACCACGUGAGCCGCUGGCGGGUCCUCCUGGGCUCCGUGUACAAGACGGCGGCGCACAAGAGCGUGCACGUGGCCGAGGUGCAGACCGUGGUCUUCCACAGCAGCUACCUGCCCUUCAUCGACCCCACCAUCGACGACAACAGCCGCGACAUCGCCAUCCUCGCCCUCGCCAGCCCGCUGCAGUUCACCGACUACAUCCAGCCGGUGUGCCUGCCCACCCACGGCCAGCGAUUGGUGGAGGGGAAGAUGGGUGCUGUGACUGGCUGGGGAAACACGGAAUAUUACGGCCAGUCCCCAGACAUUCUGCGCGAGGCCUACGUGCCCAUCAUCAGCGACGCAGUCUGCACCUCCCCCGAGUACUACGACAGCCAGGUCACCAACACCAUGUUCUGCGCCGGCUACGAGAAGGGACUGAUCGACGCCUGCCAGGGGGACAGCGGCGGGCCGUUCGUGGCCGAGGACACGUUGUCGAAGGCCAGCCGCUACCGCCUGCUGGGCGUGGUGAGCUGGGGGACGGGCUGCGCCCAGGCCAAAAAGCCGGGCGUCUACACCAAGGUGUCCAGAUUCCUGCCCUGGAUCUCCACUGCCAUGAGGAACUAUGAGAAUGUGCCAGGUGUUCACAAAAUGGCCCGAGCAUGAAGAUUUUGGUGUCUUUUUUUUUUGCUGCCACAGGGACUUCAGUGGACAUGUCAGAAC